CGCACUUGAUCAUGUAUAUCUCCUACGCCCAUCUUGCUGGUCUGCUAUUAGUUGCGCCAUGCGCCCUAGCUUCUAUCACUGAGGCUUCGGUUGUUGAUCUUGGAUAUGCCAAGUAUCAAGGUGUAAAGGAUGCUUUGCUCGGGACCACCAAUUUCUACGGUCUCUACUACGCCGCUGCCCCCGUUGGUCAGCGCAGAUGGAGAGCACCUAUACCCAUUGAACACAGCAACAACUACACAGAUAGCGUAAUCGAUGCAACAGCACCGGGUCCGCGAUGCUACCAGUCAGGCCCCGAAUGGGCUGUUCGCACUCCGAUAUUUGCAAGCGCUGUCACGGCCGCAGCCAACAACAUCAGCAAUGAAGAUUGUCUACUUUUGGACGUCAUUGUCCCUUCGGCGCCAGUCUCGACAUCUCUUCCAGUACUGAUCUCAAUUCAUGGUGGAGGUUACACCCUUGGUUCAGCGGCCACCUUUCCAGGGAAUGAACUCGUUAAUCAUUCCGAGGGAGCUAUGAUAUCUGUUCAGAUACAAUACCGCCUGGGUCCCCAAGGGUUCCUUGCCAGCAGUGCAGUCAGAGAGGACGGCACCGGCAAUGCCGGCUUGCUUGAUCAGCGUGAAGCCAUUGAAUGGGUCAGCCGCAACAUUCAUGCUUUCGGCGGUGAUGCUUCAAAAAUUACUAUCUGGGGGGGAUCUGCCGGAGGAGGUUCUGUCAUAGAGCAAAUGACCAUGUAUGGUGGUGUUGAUAAUCCACCUUUCCGCGCCGCUAUCGCCGAGUAUCCUGGCAUGACUCCUUUCCGAAACAACACCAUCCUCGACAACCAGUACAACGAGUUGCUUUUCGCCACGAACUGCACCUCUCUUGAAUGCUUGAGAGGUGUAUCUUCCGAGGAGCUUGAUAGUGCUGUCAUGUACUCCAUGGCCGCGGGUUACAACAAGGGCGUAUACGGAUAUGGAGACUUCUACUACACUCCUGCCGUUGACGGUCACGUCCUUCGUGAUUUGCCCUCGAACGAAAUGAAGCGUGGUCACUUCGCAAAAGUGCCGCUGAUGACAGACCGUAACGGGCAUGAAGGAUUUUUCUUUGCGAACUUCUCCAUCACCACCGACGCCCAAGUUCAAUCUUCACUCACGAGUCUGUUUCCUGCCGCGAAAGAUUCAUUCUUCACUCGCCUCAACCAACUCUACCCGGUGUCGAAUUAUGGCGCUUCUUAUAUGACCGACAACACCUUCUUCAGCCUUCCCUCAUUCGCGCAGUAUGCUGCAAUGAUCCCAUCUCUGUCCAAUAGUUCUGCGUUCUACAAAGCGGCCGACAUCUGGAGCGAUACUAUCAUCAUUUGCCCUUUGACCAACUACAUUAGCGCUGUGAGCGACUACAUGCCCACGUGGAAGAUGAACUUCUUCGCCGGCACUGAGCUCCAUGGAGCCACCGCGCCAUUCAUUGCCUCGGCAAAUAAUGCAUCUGGAAACGCCACACUGUCCCUAAUCAUGAAAGACUACUUCGCAAGCUUUGUCAUUAACUUGGACCCUAACGGCAUGUCUUUGGGCAACUUUAGCAAGCCAUAUUGGCCUGCGUUCAAUCUCAAGACGGCUGGUACUCAGAUUGGAGGUCAGGUUCCUGAGAACAUGGUUAUGAGAGUCAAUCAGACAAACAUGGCCCCCGAGGUUGACACUGACGUUAGCGCUCGUUGCGAUUUCGUCUCUAGCCAGGGAUUUCAGAUUAGAAAUUAGGGGCAAAAGCAUAUACACUCUCUUCUAUAUAAGCUAUUACUACUCUACGACUACUAAGGAAAGGUAGGGAAGAAAAGGAAAGAAAAGGGUAUAUCGGACACAUUAAAAAAUAGAGCUAUUACUAAAUUUUAACUGAAGCUUAGUACGUAAUAUAUCG